AUGCCCUCUUCGUUCCGGGCCGACGUCGGCAUCGCCGACAUGGCGUCCAGCUUGGCCAGCGCCGCCACGCCGCUCACCGUCUCGUCGUCGUCGAGCUGGCCCACCUGCACGCUCAGCUACCGCGUCUUCCACCUCCAGUGGACGCUGCCGCUCUGCCUGCUCCUCUACCUCGUCAGCCGCCCGCUGCUGACCCGCCUCGACCGCGCCAAGCUCAUCCUCCUUCCCGCUAUCGCCUUUGUCUGGACGACGCCCUGGGACAACCUGAUCGUCAAGAACCAGGCCUGGUUCUACCGCCGCCACUGCAUCUGGUUCACCGUCGGCUACGUGCCCAUCGAGGAGUACUUUUUCUUCGUCAUCCAGAGCAUCAUGACGACGUUGUGGUGCAGCCUCGUGACGAGGUGGUUCCUGCCCAACCUGUACACCGGUACCUCCAGCGCCGCCCGCCGCAGCACCCCGUACAGGCUCUCCGCCGCGGUCGUGCCCGCCGCAGCCCUGCUGGUCGCCGGCGGGGUCUGGAUGUCCCGACCCUUCACCGGCAGCUACUACAUGGCCAUGAUUGUGUGGUGGGCAGCCAUCCCCCUCGGGCUUCUGAUGUGGGGCACCAUCGACUUUGUGGUCCGCAUGGGGCUCCGGCGUGGCGUGCUUCCCUUCCUGCUCAGCGUCGCCGCCCCCUCGGUCUACCUCUGGGCCUCGGACAUCUACGCCCUGCGGCGCGGCACCUGGCACAUCAACGAGCACACCUCCCUCAACAUCUUCCCGAUCCGCGACCUGCCCAUCGAGGAGAUGACGUUCUUCGUCGCAACAAACACGAUCCUCGUGACGGCGUGCUACGCCUUUGACCGGUGCGUCGCCAUCUGCUGGCAGGAGGCGUCAAAGGGCGAGCACGUCGAGACGCCGCUGUCGCCCAGCCACCUGCCGCUCUGCCGCGCGUCGACGUAUGUCGCACUGUGGCGCGCUUUCAUCCGUUCGGACGACUCGCAGCAGGCACCCGACAGUGCAGCCGGUGCCGACGGCCCCGCGCCGAGGGAUUCGGCCACCUCGGACCUCUCGGCCUCGCUCGCUAUCCUCACCAAGGCGUCAAAGUCCUUUAGCGCGGCCAGCUUGCUCCUGCCGUGGGACCUGCGCACGGACCUCAGCAGCCUCUACGCAUUCUGCCGCGUCGCAGACGACCUCGUCGACGACGCCGGGCUCGAUGUCGACGCCAAGGAGGAACGGCUGCGCGUGUUGGGCAAGGUGCUCGACGUCAUCUAUCCUCAGGCCGCCUCGACAUCGACAGCGGUGGGACCACACGCCGACGUCUCCGCUGAGGGGAGGAGGAGAGGAGUACGCGAGGUCGUCGAGCAGUCUGCCUCCCAAAUACCGCAAGGCAGGCGGGAAGAGAUCCGGGCGGCCGCCUGUUCGGUGAUCCCGCUUACGUCGAUCGUCCCGCGCCGGCUGUGGGACGAGAUGGUGCAGGGCUACCUGACCGACCUCGACUUUGAGCGCGCCGACGAGCGGGCGUGCGGAUUCGACAAGAUGGACCAGCUGGUGGCUUACGCGCAGUGCGUGGCCGGCUGCGUUGGCGAGAUGUGCACGCGGGUCAUUAUGGCACGCUGCGGUCAGCCGGUCCCCCUGGACCUGGAGGUCGAGCGAGCCAUCAGCCUGGAUGACGAAGGCGGCGGUCGCAGUGGCGCGGAUGCCAAGCCCACGAUGAAAACGGCCGACGGGCCGGGCUCGGGUCUGCACUCGCUCCUCUACGAAGCGCGCCGCAUGGGCGUGAGCCUGCAGCUGGUCAAUAUUGCGCGCGAUCUGGUGGCGGAUGCGGUGGAGCUGAAGCGCUGCUACCUUCCGCUCUCGAUGCUCGACAAGGGCGACAAGCACUUUCAGCAAGCCAUGCUAGCCGGCCGCGUCGCCAGGCCGACGGAGGCGGGGACAGCCGGCGAGGCAUCGGAACGACCCAAGAGCGGCGAGUGGAUCGAGGCGCGGCAGCUGCGCAAGUAUGCGCUCCGCCUGCUCGAUCUGUCUGAGGGGCUCUAUGCUGCGUCCUACCCGGCACUGGCGAGGCUGCCGAACCCAUCGGCCCGAGCCGGGCUGCGCGCCGCCUGUGCCGUCUACGCGGCCAUCGGCGACAAGAUCCGCAGCCAGAGCGCAGCGGCGGUCGACCGAGGCGAGAGGGCGCGGAUGUCGACGUCAGACCGGCUGCGCAAGGCGCUGAUGGCCAUCUACCUCGACUAG